ACCGCGGAGGGGAAAUGAAGGCGUUUUUUCGAGCGUAUUUCUUUUCUCGUUUUGAACUUUACACAUUUCACUCAUUCUCUCUUUCAGCCCUUUUCGUUUCCUCUCUUUCCGGCCUACAAGGUUCGCUCUCCCUCCCUCCUGCUUUCUUUCUCUCCUCCCUUGCUCAACCUGCUUAUCUGAACAGGGCAGGGCUGCAUACACUCACACGGCGCAGGAGGCGGGCCUUGUCUGCUUUCAAUCAAUAACCUCUGGAAUUCAGAAAUACAAGUAGGUCCUGUCUCUGGCAGGCUGUACCACACUCAGGAGGGCGGGCUCCCACACAGACUCGGCUCAGCGCUCUUUGCUCCCGGCAUUUUCUCUCCACUUCCUCAGGACUGAAAGUGUUCCGUGCGCCCGCUGCAAUGGCUGACCACACGUCUCCAGACUACUUUAGUUGUACCCUGUGCGUGAACCUCCUGAGGGACCCUGUCGCUAUUCCUUGCGGCCACAGUUUCUGUAUGGACUGCAUCAGCGGCUACUGGAAUGAGGCGGACUACACGGGGAUAUACAUUUGCCCUCAGUGCAAGAUCACCUUCACCCAGAGGCCCGUGCUGCGGCCCAACGCCACCCUCAGCAUGGUGGCUGAGAAGAUCAAGAAGAGUGGUCUGAACCUGAACGUCCACGUGCCCCAAGGGAACGGCUACGCCGGGCCAAGCGACGUCCCUUGUGACUUCUGCUCCGGGAAGAAACUCAAAGCCAUCAAGUCCUGCCUGAACUGUUUGGCAUCCUACUGUGAGAAACACCUGAAGCCACACUAUGAGUCAGCCACAUUCAAAAGGCACAAGUUGGUAGACGAGUUGGGAAACCUGGACAGGAAGAUUUGCCCGCAGCACCAGAAGUCUUUGGAGCUCUUCUGUCGAACCGACCAAAUGUGCAUCUGUGCCAUCUGCACAGUCAGUGAACACAAAGGCCACGACAUCGUUUCUGCUGAGGCCGAGAGGAGUGAGAAACAGAAACUCUUGGGAAUCUCCACAGCCGAGAUUAGACAAAAAUGUCAAGAGCGCGUAAAGGAGCUAGAGGAGUUGAAGACGGCGGUGGAUUCAUUAAAGAACUCGGCCCAGCGAGCCAUGGUGGAGAGUCAGAAGAUGUUUGAGGACAUGAUUCGUUCCAUCGAGAGGAUGAGGUCAGAGGUGACCAAACUGAUUGGGAUCAAUGAGAAGGCUGCAUUCAACCAAUCCGAAGCUUUGGUCGAGCGUCUGGAACAGGAGAUUGAUGAACUAAAGAAAAAGGAGUCAGGCUUGAAGCAGCUUUAUUCUACGGAUGACCACAUCCACUUUUUGCAGAACUUCAACUACCUAUGCACCCCCACCGAUGAUGGCUUCAUACCAAAGGUGACCGUGAACCCCGACUUCUCCUUUGGGGCCGUCAGGAAAGCUGUAGCCGAGAUCAAGGAACGGCUGGAAGAAUUUGGCAGGGAAGAGCUGCUGAAGAUCUCCAAAACAGUGAAUGAUGUUCCGGUGUACACUACGGAAAGUCGAACACUGGACAGAAGAAGCAGAGGUAAAGACCACAAUAUGACCACAGUGGACAGCAACCCCGCUCCCCCAGAGCCAAGGACCAGAGCAGAUUUUAUCAAAUACUUCUGCCAGCUGAAGUUGGAUCCAAUCACAGCCUACAAAGAGCUGUACAUCUCUGAGCACAGCAGAAAAGUCAUCCGAACCAGGGACCUGCAGCCAUAUGGGGACAACCCAGACAGGUUUGACAGUUUUGCCCAGGUUCUGUGCCGGGAAGGUCUGUCUGGCGGCCGCUUCUAUUGGGAGAUAGAGUGGAGUGGGGAGUUCUCCAUCGGAGCUGCCUAUAGGGGCAUCAGCCGGAAGGGCAAAGGCUCGUUGUGUCUGCUGGGCUACAACGAUAAAUCCUGGAGUCUACUCUGCUCCGACACCGGCUACUCGGCCUGGCACAACAGAGUUGAUAAAGCCGUCAGCGGCCCUCACUCUCCGAGGAUAGGCGUGUACUUGGACCAUAGCGCAGGCGUGCUAGCUUUUUAUAGCAUUGGAAGUAGCAUGACGCUGCUGCACAGGUUUGAGACCACGUUCACUGAGCCCCUUUACCCAGGCUUUGGAGUUGGAACCUCGGUCAAAAUCUGCACCAUCAAAUGAACAUAUUUGACCCAACACUUACAUUUUGAUGUCUUUUACUGCAUGAUGCUUUUAAAAUAUGUAUUUUUGCAUAACAUUGACAAUGUUACACUGUUUAGAGCUGUUUUCCACCAAAAUGUGUAAACCGUCACAUACUGUAUUAUUAUACAUUUUCAAAAUCAAAUUACUGUAACACUUUCAAAGAUCACUGCCAAAAAAAGCCCUUUAAAAGUGGUAUGCUUCACCUCAAGUUACAGUGCAUGUCACAUCCUGAUAUUUCAUAUUUAUCUUGCGUGAGAGGAUGUGUCAAAGUUUCUUAUAGUCAAAACAGAUAACUGGAUGCAUUGUCGCAUUUUUCUUUGUGACCAUAAUUUUAAAAAACUGGAAAAAUGAUUUCAUGCCCUCAUAUUUGCCUUUUCACAGUUCAACUAACUUUCUAUUUAACGUUAUGCAUGUUUACUUACAUAGGCGACUGUUUAUUGAAAACCCUGAAGAUAAUUGUUAUACAAAACAGUCUUAUUUUAUAUUUUGGAAAGAUUUAUAGUUUUGAAUAAAGAGCGAAAUAAAAAAGGUACCGUAGUUUGUUUCAUUGUUUUUUCCACCCUCAAGGCAACAGUUAUGUAAGUACACAUGACAGGCGUUGUCGAACACAUAAGGUGUGUCGUCUAGCAAAUGUACCACCAGCUCCCUCUAGUGGAUGAUGACAGCAACAGAUUUUU